AUUAGAGUCAUAUUCAUAUAACCAUAAUGUAAUAAUAGAAUUUUAUCGAAAUUUGAAAAUUAUUUUGUACUCUGACGAGGGACUGUGGUUUAAUACUUUUUUUGCUCACAGCUUAAGACAGAUUCUUUCAGCAAUCUUUCGCCAGAGCAUUGGCCAUUUGCAAAACUGGAGGGAUGACUUUGGCCACCAUUAGAAAUCAAGACGAUUACAUUCGAUUAAAUGAUACGCUAAAUGUGCUGGGAGUGUCGCCUUUGGAGAGCUACUGGCUAGGAGGCAUUAUGUUACAAAAUGGCGUUUGGGUUUGGAUUAGUACUGGUGAACGGAUUGGAUACUUCAACUGGGCAUCGACUCGACCGGUUUAUUCAUCAGCUCAAACCGAAUAUUGCCUAAAAUUAGGUGCUUACUUGCAGGCAACUAGAAAAUACGAAUCUAGACAAUACGAUAACGACAAUUGUGCUUGCAAAUUGUUGUUUAUUUGUGAGAGUUUAUAAAAUUAUACUAGUGUUUACAUUAUUUAGUAUCAUU